AAAUAUUAUUUUUAUAUAUCUUUUGAAAUAUUUGUAUAGUGUUCCCUUAACAUAUAAUUUAUAUAGACUUUAGACCUCUCUACCAUGAGGUAAUUCUCAGUCGAGAAGUCCAAAGAGCUCCGCUUAUCACCAUAAAACUAUAGCUGGGAUCUUGGAGAGCGUCACGGAUCACCUGUGACUGAGGUUAUAUGGGUCGUCUAGACGCUGCCUCAGCCUCAGCCAUUUUGGCCAGUUGUGCGACGUCUGUCGUGGAGUUGUGAGGUGAUCUGCCCAAACCAAGCCAAUCCAAUCCAGUCCCAAAACCAUGCUCAUCGCUGUGCUUCUCCUAGUCCAAGUACUGGCCGUUUUGGGCGAUGGCCAGACAUGUGCCGCAUCCAAGUCCCUGCUGAUGGACCUACUGGAAGUAGUUCCUCCCAGGGGUAACCACACAGCAAUGUCCCAGUGCGAGAAGCAGCUCGAGCAGCUGAGAGAUGCCGUGCAGAAAGACCGUAUUUGGGCACUAAGAGCCCUAGAUGCCUCCGGCGAGGGCUUCAACGAUUUCAUCAUUGGCCAGAGCCAGUGGCUGGGCAGCCAGUUCGCCUGUCGCUCCACCAACCAGCUGAUCCACCAGAAGCUGAUCAGAGAAGAUCCGCGUCCAAUCAUGGAUCUAUCGCCAUUCCCACUCGACUAUAUGGUGGCCUACAUUCAGGCCUAUUCGCCGUAUCGCGUGAUUCCACCACCCAUAAGGCCGGAACCGAUGCUGCACAUCGGACUCUGUGUGCCCCAGACCUGUGGCAUAGCUGAGGUGGAGUCACUGAUCCGCCGGGCACUGGUCAAGGGCACAUCCAGCUUCCAGCGCUGGGAGAUGCAACCCCAGCUGGCAUACACCAAGCGGCCAAAGCUGAGUCCGGACUUUUAUGAGAGCCGAGCAGUGCGAAUUCUGGCGGCAGUGGUGAGCAUUACCCUGCUGCUGGGAGUGCUGGCCACCAGUGGCCUGCACAGAUACUCCCGUUACAUGGCCUGCUUCGACCUGGCCAGCAACUGGGAGAGGGCUUGGCAGCCGGUGGAUCCCCGUCAGGAGAAUAGAGCCAUCAAUGGGAUAAGGGUAAUCACAGCAUUUGCCUUGAUCGGGGUCCAUGUAAUUUGGUACAAGUAUUUCUCCGUGGACCCAUCGCUGGAGAUGCUCGAGAAGAUCGGAACGAUGAGCGUGAACCACAACUACUGGCCCAAUACAGUGGAGCUCUUCUUUGUGAUCAGUGGCUACUUGACGGUGACCAAAUUUCUGCGGGAUGAGCAGCUGCAGCGGGACAUCGCCGGCGAUGGUCUGUGGGGCAAUGGACGACGAUUCCUACGUCUGGUGAUGCAUCGCUUCUGGAGACUGGCCCCGAUGCAGUUCGUCGUAAUGGUGACGGCCGUGGUGGCCGUGGAAUACCAACGGCAGGUGUCCGUGAUGGAAAUAUCUGAGCCAACGGAUCUCAGGUGCCAUCGCCAUUGGCUGCGCAAUGUGUUCUUUGUCCAGAACCUCUUUCCCCUCAAGGAGUUGUGCGGCUCGUGGACCUGGUCGCUGGCCUGCGAAAUGCAACUUCACAUCCUGGCAUUGGUGCUUCUCUUUGGCCAUACACGCCAUCCCAGGUCGGUCCUAGGUAUCACCUGUAUGCUGGCCAUUGUGAGCUUGCUCUUUCCCGCGGUCAUGACGCAUCUGUUUGAGGUGGGCACCACCUUCGAGGACUUCUUCAACACCGGCGAAUGGUCAUAUGUGUGUCCCUUAACCCGUCUACUGGGCUAUCUAACCGGGUGUGCCUAUGCCUAUACGCAAGUCAAGGGCCUGGACACACCCUUCGAGAUGAUCGUGCCCGGCGGUUGGAUCAGGGGCUUCCUCGGCGGUGGACUCUUGUGGUUAAUCCAGUUGUUUAUAUCGGAUCAGCUGGCUGUGGGUAUCAUCCUCAUUGGUCUGCUGUCUGUGCUGCGUGUCCUGGUAGCCGCCUUUGCCAGUUACCUUAUGGUGUGCUCGGAGAAGGAGGACACGAAGGACACGAACGAUGACUUGUAUGCGCCCAUCCGCUGGCUUCUGACCGUGCUCCAGUCGGAGCAUUUGCAGCGGAUGAGCCGUUUCACCUUUGCCAUUUACCUGCUGAAUCCUGUGGUGAUCGUGUGGUUCUAUCACUCCUUCAGUGCCAGCUUUAAUCCAGACACGUCCUUGUUGAUCCUCUUGAUCAUAGCCGAAUCUGUUGUCACCUACAUACUGGCUAUUGGCGUUACGCUGCUCUUCGAGAUGCCCUACAAUCGAUUGACCAGCCUGGUGAUCAAGUCCAGCUCAUUGCAGAGGCAAGGAAAGAACCAGGGGAACGAGAGGUAGAAGGAUAACUAACAGAAGGAGAACGAGAAGGAGAACGAGAAUAAGGAGAGCGAGAACAAGAAGUAGAAGAACGAGAAUGAUAACGAGAAGAAGGAGAAUGAUAAGUAGAAGGAGAACAAGAAGGAGAACGAGAACAAGAAGUAGAAGAACGAGAAUGAUAACGAGAAGAAUGAUAACGAGAAGGAGGAUAACGAGAAGAA